UUGGGUGGCUCCGGAGUCUCCGACGUUGCCGAAGCCAUCUCCGAGUACCGGGCUGCCUGGAAAGAGGCUGGACACCCGGGCGAGGGCGACGUGAUACUCCGCGUCGGCGUCUAUGUGGCCGAGGACAUGGAGCGUGCCGUGACCGAACCCCGCGAGAGCACCAUGUCCUUCUAUGACCGCAUCCGCCAGGGCCUGAUUCAGACUGCCACCUCCUUCGGGGGCGAACGGAGAGUGCGGCGGGCCGAACAGAUGGCCAACAUGACCUACGAGGACGCCCUGGAAGACCGCCUCAUCUACGGCACUCCCGACUUCGUGGCCCAGCGACUCGAAGAGUGGCGCGACCUUCUGGGCCUGUCGGGCGUCAUCAUGGAGCCAAACGUGGGCGGCACCAUAUCCCCGGAGUUAUUGGAUACAUCGGCCCGUCUAUUCGGGCAGGAAGUAGCUCCCCGUUUCCGGUAG